AUGGACCCAGAAGCGGAGGCCGCCUUCCAAGAAAUGAAGGCUUACAUCUGCAAGCUCCCAACAUUGGCCACCCCAGUACCCGGGGAGCUCCUGCUCCUAUAUUUGUCCGCCUCGAAAACGACCAUAAGUGCGGUCAUGAUGGUAGAACGGGAAGGGAAGCAGAUCCCUAUAUAUUUUAUCAGUAGAACACUUAAAGGCCCUGAGGAACGCUACAUGCCUCUGGAGAAGCUGGCAUUAGCUCUUGUUUUCGCAUCCCGGAGACUCAGGAGGUACUUCCAAGGGCACAAGAUUACCCUGAUGACAGAUCAACCCCUCCAAAAGGUACUCAGGAGGCCAGAGCUGUCAGGACGAUUGGCUAAAUGGGCUGUGGAGCUGGGGGAACACUCUCUGGAGUUUAAGCCCAGGACCGCCAUGAAGGGGCAGAUACUGGCCGACUUUUUAGCAGAAGUCCAUGAGGAUGAAGAAAGGGAACUCUUAAAAUGGGAGGCCUUGGAGGAAGAAGAAAAAGAAAAGGAGGACGAGGCUGUGUGGAAGUUACUCACCGACGGGGCCUCUAGUGAAGAAGGGAGCGGGGCAGGCAUCACACUGAUAAGCCCCGAAGGGAUUGAGCUGACAUACGCCAUAAGACUGGACUUCGAAAAUACCAACAACACUGUAGAGUACGAGGCCCUCUUGGCAGGAAUGAGGCUGGAACAAAAAAUGAAAGCAAUGCAUGUGGAAGCUAGCACUAAUUCACAGCUAGUGGUGAAACAAUACCAAGGGGAGUAUGAAGCCAAAGAUAAGAUCAUCGCUCAGUACGUGGCAAAAGUAAAGGAAACAGCCCAGGCAUUCAAAACUUUCAAAUUGGAAUACAUCCCCCGAGGAAGAAACAGAAAAUCUGAUGCCCUUAGUAAGCUGGCCUCGGUGGCGUUCGACUACCUCGCAAGAGAAGUUAAAGUGGAAGUCCUGACAUCUCCUUCCCUUAACACGAACGAGGUAGCUGCAGUUGAAAGUACCCAGGAAACAUGGAUGACACCAAUUAUCAAGUUCCUCAGAGACGGAAUCUUGCCCGAAGGGGAAUGGGCAGCCAGAAAAGUAGGGGUCAAGGCUUUGCAAUAUGAGCUGAUUGAUGGGGAGUUGUAUCGAAGAUCAUACCUGGGUCCAUCCCUGAAAUGUGUCGAUAUGGAAGAAGCUGAGUAUAUGAUUAGGGAGAUGCACGAAGGGAUUUGUGGAAUGCAUUCGGGCCCAAGGACGAUAGUAACAAAGGCAAUGAAUGCAGGGUUCUAUUAG